AUGAGAUUCGACAGAUUCAGGACUAUAUGAUCGAUGAGACUAAAUGGGGUUUGGCCAGAAGAUCUAUUAGAUUGUCCAAUCGGUCCCUGCCCACGUAUCGGACCGGCCCAUUCAGGCCGUAUCUAUCACCGGCAAUACUUGACAUUCUCCGGCCGCCUAGGACCCUUCCACCGCCCGAAUACGCCUGCCUUUACUGCGGACAUCACCCUGCCAGCCCAAAUUGCUCAAUAAACUGCUAUAUGCGAUUUAGGUAUGAGCGGCAGUUUGACCGGAUGCAUAGGCUGAUUGAAAUUCGCCAGACCCAGAAUAUGGGCUUUGGCGUGUUUAUCCGUCCCGGGUGUGUCCUGAAAAAGGGGGAGUGGAUCGGUGAGUAUCUUGGUGAGCUGCUUCCCCCUACAUACCCAGGGGCUGACGACUCCAACUACGCUUUCGAGCUCCCGGGUUUUCCGGCCGAAGGAAUCAGCGGUGUUGUCAUUAACGCUCAGAGGCACGGCAACUGGACACGCUUUGUCAAUUCGCACUGCUCGCCGAAUGUCGUGGCUUACCCAGAGCAGGUGGGCAAGGUAAGAAUAGUUGCCUUCCGCACCGUCAAGAGGAUUGUAGCAGGUCAACAGUUGUUCAUUGCCUAUGGAAGGCAGUAUUUCAGCGGAAGGGGCAUGUUGUGCUCCUGCAAUGCUCAGGCACAACCGCAUCUGCCCCCGGAGGAGUCUGAUUGACGCCGAGGAAAACGAAAGCGCCUGAUGGAAAUUAGGUAGGUAUAGAUCGUCUCAUCCGGAUAUGAAUUUGAUAGAAAGGUUCAGGGAGAGCGUCCGUCUAGCCUUAUCUGAGCCAGGCAAAGAGACCAGAUCUAAGAGGAGACAAGGCAUUUAUUAGCACAUGAUGUAUGUCGAACGAGGAAGGAAACGGGGCUCGGAAACAAG